AUGCACACCGAUUUCACCUUUAAAUAUGGUCGAGUGGAGGUCAGAGUUCAAAUGCCCAGAGGGGAUUGGUUAUUCCCAAAUAUUCUCCUUGUUCCGAAAAUCGACAAGUCUCAAGAUGAUUUCGUUGAUCAUAUUCGAUUGUACGUGAGGGGCAAUACAAUUUUGCAGGACAAACAACAAUGCUCGUUAGACGGAACUUCUCUAUUCGGAAGUAUAGUGCUGUGGGACAAAACCGGAGUUGAGCCAAAUCCAGUCGAGCACAUGACCAUCAGGAAUGAAGUAUUUUACUAUGCGGAUGGCUUUCACGACUACACAAUAAUCUGGCAGCCAGAUAAAAUUGUAUUCGAGGUCGAUGGAGAAUUUUUCGGGGCCAUUACAAAUGCAACACUCCUUGAACCCUUUAAUAAGCAUGAGUGUCGUCUAGUCCUGGGCUUAACUGCUGGUGGAAAUGUUAAUUUUAAUGAUGAUGUCCUGGAGAUGAAACACAAACCCUUUUCAAACACCCAUCCUAAAGCAGAAAAACAAUUUGAAGAAAUGUCUAGAAACGCGAUUUGGACCCCAUUAGUGGUCGAUCACAUUCGUGUUUAUGCAAUUGGAAAGACUGCAAAAUAAACAUUCGUGUGUUCGGGAGAAAUAU